AUGGGUCCUGAACGCGCUCUACCGUGCUCGCCAGAGUUUGAGACUUCCGAGCAAUAUGUCGACACCCUACUGGACUUUAUCGGAUCCUCUGAACUACUACAUGCCCUCUGUGGCGGGGUCCACGUCCUCGACUUCUUCACACGAAAACCAGAUCUCUAUACUCUGGUCAUAGACUCAGAAUGGCGGUCUUUCUUCCGAGCACACGACAUAAUGGAUAUCUUGGAUCUACUUAUGCGGGAAGAUCUGAACAUUUUCAACCAAGAAACAAACUCAUGGAGAGAAGGCCCUGUACCGCCGGAAUCUCUGUUGCAAUUUAUCAAGCAGAUCAGGAGAUUAUCCCUACGACGUGAACACACACCAAUCGAAAGGAAGAACCAAAAAGGAACCAACGGGCCAAAAACUUCACAUACCCUGGCGCGCCAAGUAGCAGUCGGAAUGAACGUCAAGAAGAUUCACGAAGUCGACAACUUUUGCCGUUACUUGGACAGAUUGACCAGCGAGAUUGCCGGAUCUACAAAUCAGGAGAUCACACAUCUAGUCGACUUUGGAGCUGGUCAAAACUACUUGGGCAGAGCACUAGCAUCAGAACCAUACAACAAACAUAUCAUCGCCUUGGAGAGCAGAGCACACAAUAUUGAGGGCGCAAGGAAUUGGGAUGUGCUUGCCAAACUAGCGCCAAAGCAGCAGACCAUGGUGAACAAAAAGGAAUGGAGGAAAGCAAUGGCCGAACAAGGAAUAUCCGAGAAGGAAGCGCUGAAGCAGGAUCUCAAGGGUGAAAGAGGUUUCCACGCAGAAACUCCUGUCGAAGAACAACCCGCACAAGCGACCCUCAAGAUCUCAAACCAGGGAGUUGGCAGCAUUCAAUACGUCGAACACUACAUCAAGGAUGGCGACCUAUCUCGCGUAGUACCUCAGAUCGUGGACCAAGAUGUCGUUCGCGAGAAAGUGACUUCCGACCUUGAUACCGCUGCAGCACAACCACCCUCCUCAAAGCAAAUCCCCGACAACUUUGUCGAAGGAAACCUUCAAGUUGACGACUCGAUCAAAGCUCAAGACCCUCGCCUUCUCAUCAUCUCACUGCACAGCUGUGGCAACCUCGUUCACCACGGCAUCCGCUCUCUCCUUCUAAACCCCGCCGUCUCUGCCGUUGCUCUAGUCGGCUGUUGCUAUAACCUCUUGACCGAACGUCUAGGCCCUCCGACCUACAAACUCCCCUCUCUACGCUCCAACCACCCACGCCUAACCGAAACCUCUGAAGCACACGACCCCCACGGUUUCCCAAUGUCCUCACGCCUCUGCAAUCAAUCCACCUCCAGCGGCAAAGGCUUACGUCUCAACAUCACAGCCCGCAUGAUGGCCGUCCAAGCACCCCAGAACUGGGGCAAAAAGGACAGCGAAGAUUUCUUCAAACGCCAUUUCUACCGCGCCUUGCUGCAGAGAAUCUUUAUGGACAAAGGCAUUGUUGCCGCUCCAGAGCCGGAAGAUGUGGAGAAGAAUAAUGGGAGUCCUUUGGGGUGGAGUGCGGGUGGUGGCACUGCUCCUAUCAUCCUCGGUUCGUUGAGAAAGUCUUGUUACGAGUCCUUCACUGCCUAUGUGCGUGGUGCAUUGGACAAACUCGUCAAUGAUCCUACGCGAGGUGACUUGUUCAAGGAGAAAAUGUGCAGCAUGACUGACGACGAAAUCCGCAACUACGAGACUGAGUUUAAGGAACGAGGCAAAGAGCUAUCCGUCAUGUGGAGUUUGAUGGCUUUCAGCGCCGGCGUCAUCGAAGCCGCUAUCGUAGUAGACAGGUAUCUAUUCCUUAGAGAGCAAGAUGAGGUUGCCGAUGCGUGGGUGGAAGCAGUUUUUGAAUUCAAGCACAGCCCAAGGAACUUGGUGGUCGUGGGUAUAAAAAAGUAG